CACAUCAUGAAACUAAAAUAGCUUCCUCAUGUCAAGCGGCGUCACGACUGCAUUGCAAGGAAAUGUGACUUUGCGGCGAAGGGCAAAAGUCUUGUGGGAUUGUGAAGUGGAUUCACAUGGAGAUGAUGGAAUUUGGAAUCUCCUGAGAGGCGUGGUAAGGAACAUCUGCAGCCAUGACGGACAGCUGCCGGAGGCAAGGCGAGAUUACGAGACCCGAGGGCACGUUGCGAGAGAUCCGGAUCAACUUGCUUGAGUGUAAAGUCUGCUUUGAAAAGUUCAACACUCAGCAGGCCGAGCGUAGACCGCAGAACCUGUCGUGCGGUCACGUUCUGUGUGUGGAAUGCGUGGGGGCUCUGUCCCACCCUCUCCAGAGGAAGCUGGAGUGCCCCUUCUGUCGACAGCUGUGCCCUGUUGACGCCACCUCCCACUGUCAGCCUCUUUGUGACCUCCAGGAGCUGCUCUUGUUCACUCCUGACAAACAAGAUGAAGAGGAGGCCUCAGGUGUGAGUGGCAAAACCUUACAACUCACUUUGACCUUCGGCGGCUGGGGGACUCUUAUUAAUCCGACUGGAUUGGCGGUGAUGCCAUCCUCAGGGACUUUGUUUGUGGUGCAUGAAGGUGAGAAGAGCGUGGUGGUGUUUACUCCUCAAGGGAAGAAGCGGCACGCUUUUGGAAAAAGAGGACACGCCGCUGACGAGGUUCGUUACCCGGUGGAUGUGGCGGUGACCUCCUGCGGUCACGUGGUGGUGACCGACGCGGGCGAUAAAUCCGUCAAGGUGUUUACAUCCAGGGGAAACCCUGUGAUCACGGUUAAGGCUGGCUUCUUGAUGCCGUGGGGGGUGGACACGGAUAGCAACGGGCGCAUCUUGGUCUCGGACGUCCAGGCGGGAACGCUAUCCCGCAUUAAGGUGGACUACAAACAUGGCGUCACACUGGAGGAGGGAACGGUGGCUUCGCAACUGGACAAUCCGAAAGCCGUGGCCUGCUGCAGGACCAACUGUCACACGGCGGUGAUGGAGCAUGUGACCGAGCACAUAAGGAAGCAAAGUUACUCCAGACUGACCGUGUUCACUCCAGACUUCCACAUUCUUUAUCAGACGGAUAAUUUAAGUCUGAGCCUGACUGCCUCGGUCACCAUAAACAUGUCCGCUGUGACCUUUGACAGAAACGGACACCUGCUUGUCGUCGACUCACAUCGAGGGAUGAUUUGGACUUUUGGGAGGGUGCAAAGCGGUGCUGCCCUCGCUCUUCUCGUGGCAGAGCACCUCAUUCGACCUGUUGGAUUGGUGCCACUUAACAAUACUCUUAUGAUUGUGGAUGGUGGUGACCACACAGUCAAGUUAUACUCUUGAGAAGUUAGACUGUAGUUAAAUUGAAAUAUUAUUCAUAGAUAGUAGCCUAGCAAGACAAAUAGUUGGCUAGCUAGAUUGCUAGGUAUCUAUAGAUAGAUUCUUAAUUAGGCAAUAAAAUAGGAGUUGGACCUAUCAAAUGUAUUUUCCAUGUGUUUUAUGAGUGCAGUAUGAGUUUCACUUCUUUUAUUUAUUGAUAUGUACAUUUAAUAAAAAGCUAUGCUUAUUGAAAAUG